AUGGAUCGAGAACCUUGUCCUUGGCGUAUUGUGGAUGAUUGCGGUGGUGCGUUUGCAUUAGGUACAAUCGGUGGUACACUUUUUCAUUCAAUAAAAGGAUUUCGUCAUGCUCCGAGUGGUCAAUAUCGACGUUUACUAGGCAGUUUGAAUGCAGUAAAACAACGGGCGCCCCGUGUGGGAGCAUCGUUCAGUGCAUGGGGAUGCAUUUUCUCGUUGGUUGACUGUAGUUUUGUUUAUAUGAGAAAGAAAGAAGAUCCCUGGAAUUCAAUUAUUAGCGGUGCGGUAACUGGUGCUGUCUUACAAGCUCGACAGGGACCAGGGCCAAUGUUAGGUUCAGCGGUGAUCGGUGGAUUUAUUCUUGCAAUGAUCGAAGGAACUAGUAUUUUGAUUAAUCGAUACAGUCAAAUGUUUAUGCCACAACCUGGAAUGGAAGAAGCCCCACCUGAUCUUGAUAAAGGCAAAGUUGAUCUUUCAAUUCCUCAAUUUUUCAGUUCGUCUCCUGGACAAUCAUCUACGCCUAGUAAUUUCUCGUGA